UCUUUUUCAAACGAUACCGUCUACUUCUUUGCUUUGCGCGAAGACAAGCAUUGCACAAUGGCUACAGAUGACCUGGUGUGGGAGAUUAUCAACAACCAGUUUUGUAGCUACAAGCUCAAGACUACAAAAGAACAAAACUUCUGCAGGAACGAGUACAACGUUACUGGACUGUGUAACAAGCAAUCAUGCCCUCUUGCAAACUCGCGCUAUGCGACCAUCCGAGCAAAUGCUCAGACUGGCGAACUUUACCUAUAUAUGAAAACUAUCGAGAGAUCACAUAUGCCAAAUCGCUGGUGGGAAAAGGUCAAACUCUCAAAAAACUACACAAAAGCUCUUGAACAGAUAGAUUCGCACCUCAUCUACUGGCCAAAGUUCCUUUUACACAAGAACAAGCAGCGUCUCACACGGCUCACGCAAGUGCGCAUUAGAAUGAAAAAACUUAUGAAGGAAGAGGAACGCUUGGGAGAGCAACUGGUACCUAAGCUGGCGCCCAAAGUCAAGAGAAGAGAAGAAGGCAGGGAGCGGAAAGCACUGAGUGCCGCCAAGCUGGAGAAGGCUAUCGAGCGUGAGCUCAUCAAUCGAUUGACUAGUGGCGCGUAUGGCGAGCAACCUCUUAACAUCGAUCCAAAUAUGUGGUCCAAAGUCUUGAAGGGUCUGGAGCGAAAAGGUGAAGUUGAGCGCGACGAAGAUUUGGACGAAGGACUGGAAGACGAAGAGGAAUAUGAGCAAGAGUUUGAGAAUGGUGAAAACCAAAUCGAGUAUGUCAGCGAUAUCGAGGGUGACUCGGACCUGGACGAUCUUGAGGACUGGGUUGACCAUGAUGAGGACGACAAUGACAGUGGUAGGUCAAGCGGCGAAGACGAUGAUGACGAUGAUGAUGAUGAGGACGAUGACGAAGAUGAGGCAAAGAGCGCCAAGCUCAAGAAAACACUCGAGAGUCUCAAGCGAAAACGACCAGCUGCUCCUCCAGCAAAGCCAAAGAAGAAGCCAUCGAAGGGUCCCAAGCGCGAGAUACAAUACGAAAUCGAGAGCGAGCUUCCCGCGAGGGAAGUUGCUUAUGCUUGAGAAGACGGAACAUUGUUGUCGCAAACAAUUUUUUCUGUAUAUUCCGACUAUACAAGGCGUUCGAAUGAUUAAGGAUAAAAAGAUGUUGAUGUGGAGUUUAAAUGGGUAUUCUCAUGCUUUCACUGUUAGGAAAAGACCAUAUGCACCUCCAGAAGGAUCAAUUGCACCUCAUGAACCUCUAAAGCUCUGACACUACAUCUUCACUGGCACAAUAUUGUUUCAUCAUGCUGAGACACAAAGGUUCACUGAUCUGCCUUCCCGGUAUCUGACUUUUGACAGAUCAGCCCUGCCAAGAAUAGCGCAUUAGUGCGAACAGGUAGUGCGGAAUGCUGACCUCCGGGACGGACGUGGUUUGCCACGUUACACAAAGCCGUAUAAAUGUCAAGGCUGUAUAACAUUCUAAAGAACGAGGACAACAAUAAUGAAAAUAUGAUACGG